GCGGUGCCUCAAUUUAUAAAUAUUAUAUUGUAUAUAUAUUUCAUGUGUAACUAAAAAAUAUUGUUUUUAAUAAUUUAAUUGUUGUGCUUUAUUAUAUAUAUUUAUAAUUUAAAUAAUUAGAAUGGAAUCUGAUCAAGCUCAUUAUUUUGAAAGUUAUGAAGAUUUGGAGAUUCACAAAUUAAUGCUUGAAGAUGAAACAAGAAACCAAGCAUACAAAGAUGCAAUUAUGAGUAAUAAAUCUUACCUAAAAGGCAAAACAGUAAUGGAUGUUGGAUGUGGUACAGGAAUUUUAUCUAUAUUUUGUGCCCAAGCUGGCGCGAAGAAGGUUUAUGCAGUUGAAGCCAGUAAUAUUGCAAAGUUAGCUAAAGAAAUAGUCAAAGAAAAUAAUUAUGAAGACAUUAUUGAAGUAAUUCACAGCAAAGUAGAAGAUGUCACUUUACCAAAUAACAUCAAAGUGGAUGUGAUAGUGUCUGAAUGGAUGGGAUUUUACUUACUGCAUGAGGGGAUGCUGGAUUCGGUGCUGGUAGCUAGAGAUAAGUUCCUUAAGGAUGAUGGACAGAUGUUCCCUGAAAGUGCUACUAUUUAUGUUGCACCAUGUAGUGUAUCAUCUUUAAACCAGAAAUGGGACAAUUUACAUGGGGUAUCCAUGUCUGUAUUUGCUAAACAUUUAAGAGAAAACAGAUACAAUAAACCGGAAAUAAUGACAAUAGACACAAAGGAUCUCCUUGCAUGUGAAACACCACUGUGUUGGAUCAACCUAAAAGAAGAUGCAGUUUCAGAUUUGGACUCAUUCAGUUUACAGCAUGUUGCAGCUAUAAAAAAAACUGGAUUAUAUCAAGGAUUGUGUGUGUGGUUUGAAUGUACAUUUCCUAGUUUAUCUAAUGAUGAUAAAGCUACCCAAGUGCAGUUACACACUAGCCCAGAUAGUUUGCCAACACAUUGGAAACAAACUAUCAUAGUCCUACCUCUUGAACAAGAGGUUGAAGAAGGGGAGCCAAUAGCAUUUCAGGUCGAUAUAACAAGAGAUCAAGUUAACAAAAGACGAUACAAUUUGGAGGUGACACUACUUGAUCCAGAUUUAGUUGAACACCCUCUCCCAUGUUCUUGUCACAUGACUAAAUGCAUAUUGACUAAGGCAGUUAUGCAGCAACAUGCCGAGAAAACAAUCUUAGAAGCAAACACUAAUGGUCAUGGUGAUAAUGGCAUAUUAGAGGAAGAUAUAAUUGAUGAUGAUUCAUCAUUAUCAUCAUCCUGA